AACCACCAUGAACGAAACAGUCUCCAUCUCACGCGCAACCUCCCUCUCCCGCGCCGGCAGCAGACACGGCUCGACCGUCUCGCGCAGCCAGUCGCUCAUCAAGAAGAACAUCCAGCCCCACGACCUUCGCCCUUCCGACAUUCUUAUCGAACGUUUCACAGCAUGGAAGGCCAUCGUCAAGCAGCUCAUUGCCUACUUUGAAGGCAUCGCAGAUAUUGAGAACAAUGUCGCGAGGGAGAUGACCAAGCUCGGCGCCGUCAUCCAGGUCCCAUUCCGGUCGGGGAACCAGUUCCUAGGAGAAGGCGGUCUUCAGGACAUCUUCUACGGGAUUCGCGACAAGACGCGUGCCAUCGCUGAUCAGCAUGCUAAUCUCGGGCGUACGGUGGACGGCUCGAUUGUACAACAUCUCCAGAAGCUCCGUGUCGAGAUCAAGGCGCAUAUCAAGAACAUCCAAAACGAUACGGGCAAAUUGGCAACCGCCGUCGCCAAAGAGCGUGAACUGUCAGGGAAACUCAUCGGCGACCUCGGAACGAAUAUCUCCAUCUUGAAGAAUACCCCCUUGAACGUGACUGCUAGGACGGACCCUUACGUCGCCAACCAAGCUGUCGCACGUCAGCUCACCAAGCAGGUCCACACCGAGAACGCCCUUCAGAAGUCGCUGCUGCUCACACAGGCGUCCUCCGCGAUGUUCGAGGCAUCGCUGAUUCAGGCGCUUCAGUCUGCCUGGGCGACCUUCGCCGAAUGGCGAACGCGCAUGGACAACGCGGUCCGCGACCUCUGGGGCAACCUCGAGCGCGAUAUGUCAGCGCUGCCCCCUGACCGCGAGUGGAUCUCUUUCGCAGCCCGUGAAGAUCACCUGGUCGACCCCGAGACGCCCCUGCGCAACCCAGAGCACAUCACGUACCCGAGCAAGGACGACCCUAGCGUGAUACCCGUGCACACCGGUCUACUCGAGCGGAAGAAGCGGUACACGCGCACGUACCGCGAGUCCUACUACGUUCUCACCGCCGCCGGAUUCUUGCACGAAUACGCGUCUUCGGACCCUGCGAUCGCCGACCGCCCGCAGUUCAGUCUGUUCCUCCCGCUGUGCACGCUCGGCCCUCCGUCGGCGCCGAACGCGAAGAGCCACAAGUUCCACAUCGAGGAGCGCAAGGACGGCACGGGCAGCACUCACACCGGCUCGCUGCGCGUCCUGAAGAACUCGCUCACCGGACGCGGCGGGUCGAGUGGACGCGCGUGGGCCUUCCGCGCUCGCUCGCGUGAUGACAUGAUGGAGUGGUGGAACGAUAUCCGCAUGCUCUGCGCGCGGUAUCUCGUCGCGAGCGAGCAGAUGGAGCGCAGCGGACCGGUCGCGGCCGCGGUGAGGGCGGUGGGGUACACGAGCGACGAGGAAGGCGUUGAUGAGACCGAGGACGAGGGCUCGAGCGUCGAGGAGGAGCAGGAUGAGGAAGACGACGCGGCGUUCGAAGAGGCGCGUGAUGGCGCGGAGGAGGACGUGGGCCCGCCGGAGUACUCUCACACUGGGGCGCGCGACGCGGAAUAUGGCGCACAUGGGUACCCUGCUGAUAAGAAGCCCGCCGCGACUGGGGAAGGCGCAACGGUGUCUCGUCGUCCGAGCAAGCGGCAGCAGGAGAAGGCGCCGGAGGGCCGUGCGCCGCACGUCGCCCCCACCGAGGACGAUACAGGGGCGGGCGUCGCUCCGGGGUCCAGUGAGCCAGAGCCCGCUGCUGCUCCUGCGGCUGCUUCUGACAGCCGCUUCACAGAGGGUCUCUGAGAAUGUAUGGUGGAGGACAGAUUACGCAUCGAUGUGGCAAAUGUUAUGACUUGUGGUAAUGUCGGAUUUUUGUACACUAUGACGAGAUGUCUGGCGAUAGAUCUACAUAAAUGCGAGCGGUGCAAAC